GAGGACAGAGAAACUGCAACAUGGAGAUGAGAUGGAUAGGCGGGAGCUCGUCUCUCCUCCCUGUUUCGGAUUCUUGGAGGGGAAAAAAGAAUGGAAUAAGACUCGGCAUAUUCGUCCUCUAUUCUCUCUCUCCCCCCUCUCUCCUUCUUCUUCUUAUUAUGGACUUCGUUCAGACAGCUGAGAACUUUCAAGUCCUUUAACUGUCAAUCCCCAUCAAUGGCUUCCUCCAUAACCACCACCAACACUGCCGUCUUUGCUCAGGGAGCCAACCAUGGACGAAAUGGGGGAACAAGAAGUGGGUCUCUUUCUUUUCACUUCAGAAGGCCAUCAUUUUCUUCGUACUCCUCCAAGACACUACAUGUUCCCGCUUCCAGCAAUCAACUUCUCUUGUCCACUCGAAUUUCUUCCAGUUUCGUUGCUUCCAGCUCUUCGACCGUUUCAGUACCACACCCAUCUGCAUUUGAUGUCGGAGACGAGAUUUCUCGGUUGGAGACCUUGCGGACGAGGCUCUCGCAGGCGGGGACUUUGAAGGAUAAGCUUAGUGUGCUCGAUGGCGAUCGUUUGGUGCAGGAUUUCUUUAAUAGUAGUACUGGUGAGGCGCUUCGCUCGUUUAAUUUGAAGCCUUCAGAGGUUUACCUCCUCAAAUGUGUUGUUGCUGCUCGUCAAGAGCACGUUUUAUAUCACGAACAUGUUGGGCAACUGAAUUCGAGUUACGGAGGUGGCUCAAAUUCGGAAAUGAGUGCCCUCAAAGCUGCAUUUUUUACAUUGUUGGAAAUGAUUGAGAAAGGAGAGGUCAGUGGUGGCCAUGGGAGCAGAGUUCGGAUGGAUGCGACGGUUGCUUUAAUGAAGAAGCUCCUGAGCACACUUGAAGAAGUUGAAAGCUUCUAUGAUUGUAUAGGAGGAAUUAUUGGGUACCAGAUUGUUGUGCUGCAGCUUCUACUGGCCUCCAAUUCAUCGGCAAGGAUUUCCUCACUCACUUGCAAAGAAGAUGCAAAUUCUGGUAAUAGAAAAUAUUAUGUUCCUGCUGGGGUGGACCUCUUGAAAGAUGCAGAAUACGCCUCACAAGCAGCACUCUGGGGGAUUGAGGCUUUGCCAGAGCUAGGAGAAAUAUAUCCCCUAGGAGGUUCAGGAGAUCGCCUUGGUUUAACUGAUCCUGAAACAGGUGAAUGUCUUCCUGCUGCAAUGCUACCUUAUUGUGGACGGACACUCUUGGAAGGCCUUAUUCGAGAUCUGCAGGCGAGAGAAUUUCUUUAUUUCAAGAAGUUUGGGAGACAGUGCAUCACUCCUGUAGCAAUAAUGACAAGUUCAGCAAAGAACAACCAUGAACGCAUCAAGGCACUUUGCAAGGAAAAAGGAUGGUUUGGACGGGGAGAAAAUAGCUUUUUUCUUUUUGAACAGCCUCAAGUGCCAGUUGUGGAUGCUGAAGAUGCACAAUGGUUGGUUCAUGGUCCAUUCUCACCUGUGCUUAAACCUGGUGGUCAUGGUGUUAUCUGGAAGCUAGCAUGGCAAAAAGGUGUAUUUGACUGGUUUUAUUCUCAUGAUAGAAAGGGUGCAACCAUACGACAAGUCAGUAAUGUGGUUGCUGCUACCGAUGUCACUCUGCUGGCACUGGCGGGGAUAGGUCAUCGCCACAAGAAGAAACUUGGGUUUGCAUCAUGUGAGCGUAGUUCUGCUGCCACAGAAGGGAUUAAUGUUCUUAUCGAACAAAAAGAAGCUGACAGUUCUUGGUCUUAUUGCAUUACGUGCAUCGAAUACACAGAGUUUGACAAGUUGGGAAUCACAGAUUCACCUCUAUCACCCAGUGGAUUGCAGGCUAACUUCCCAGCAAACACAAACAUUCUUUAUAUUGAUUUAACCUCUGUUGAGAAGAUCGUGUCAAGUGAAAGAUCAGCAUGUUUGCCUGGUUUGGUUUUGAAUCUAAAGAAGCGUAUCUCUUUCAGGGAUCACCUUGGAUUCUUGCACAGUGUUCAAGGUGGGAGACUGGAGUGUACGAUGCAAAAUAUAGCAGAUUAUUGUUCAAAUAGAUUUCCAUCACAAAACCUUGGCGUGACGAAAGAACGCCUUGAUACUUUUAUUGUACACAAUGAGAGAAAAAGGGUGACAUCUUCUGCUAAGAGAAAAAGAAAAGUCUCCGACAAAACCUUGCAUCAGACUCCAGAUGGUGCACUCCUUGAUAUAAUGAGGAAUGCCUAUGACAUUCUUUCUUCUUGCAAUAUCAAAAUGCCAGAGGUUGCUGAUAAUGUUCACUAUUUGCACUCGGUGCCUCCAUUUCUCAUUCUUCUCCAUCCUGCUUUAGGGCCACUUUGGGAGGUGACCAGACAAAAGUUCCAAGGUGGUUCAAUUGCACAAGGUUCAGAAUUACAAAUAGAAGUUGCUGAGUUUCUUUGGAAGAAUGUUGAGCUUGAUGGAAGUCUCACCAUUGUUGCUGAAAACAUUAUGGGCUCUACUUCAUCAGCAGAGAGUGGCAGUUCACUGAUACGUUAUGGUUAUAGAUGUGGGCGGUGCAAACUACAGAAUGUAAAGAUUGUGAACAGAGGAAUUGAUUGGAACAAUGCUGAUAACUCCUUUUGGAGGCAUGAUGUCAAGCGGUUUGAAACAAUGAGAGUGACACUGCUAGGAAAUGCAGAAUUUGAGGCCGUGGAUGUAGUACUUGAGGGCAACCAUGUUUAUGAAGUUCCCAGUGGCUACAAGCUGCUAGUCACCAAUGGAAAUUCAGGGGUGUCAACUAGACUAGUUCCAAUACAAAAAGAAAUGAUGGAUUGUGGAAGCUGGUUCUGGAAAUACAAUCGAAACGAGUCGCACAUCACCCUGGAAAUGGUGGAAUUGUAGCCUCAACUGCCCGCUUCUUCCCUUCACCUCCGAUCGAAAUAUCCCGGUAUCUGUUAUGGCAAACUGUUUAGUACAGAGGAAACAAGUGGUCUUCUGUCAAGUUUGCGUGCAUGUGCAGCAAUGGGCAUCUUCAGUCGAAUGAAAUAAAUGCCAUUCGAGAUGUAAAUUUGCAGGUGGUUCAAUUCCGUGCACUUCGGUGUGCAUGUGUAUGUAGAGUUUUCACGUCUACAUUUGUUUCUCAAGCUCUCUGAUAUGUAAGCCUGAGAUGUUGGGUGGUUAUGUAAAAUCUGCAAUGUCGUUAAAUCUUUACCAUCUUCAAUUAAAAUAUGAUAAAGAUCAUAUCUGGUUACAUAUAA